AUGGUCUGCCUUUGCGGCCCCGACCGGGGGCCAAGGGCCCUCUGUGCUUUGGCCGAGUACUGGCCGAACGGGCCGGGGGAGGAGUUACGCCUCGCAACGUGGGGGGGGGGAAGGGGAGGUCCCAAAAAAAGGACGAAGAACGAGGAGAGCAAGGGCAAACCGGGCGCACCGGGUUGCCCAAAAGACCACGAAACACAACCCAAACAAGGGGUCACCUUGAGGGGUCGCCGAGAUAGCAAGAUGCGGAGAGUGUUGCGAUGUGGCGACGACCAAGUCCGAGGACACGCGGAACCAGCAGCCCCUGGCGCGGCGUGCCCCAUCCUCGCUGCCAGCGUCCGUCCCUGCCCCCCGCCCCCGACUCCACUCCACCCGCCCAACCCCCCUCCCCUCUGCUGGUACCUGCAGCAUCUGGGGUCCUCGACCACCCCAUCAGGCUUCUCUAUGGGUGCCUACCAUGCCACCACCACCACCCGCGAUGGCGGAGACAAGAGGUUCUUCUCUGGGGCGUUUGUGGGCUAUGAUGAUGGUUGGGGAUUCUUAUGUGAGAGAGUGAUCGUGGAGAGUUACGGGUGGGUUGAGCUGGGUCGCUCAUAUAAUGCGGGAGAUCCUGGUCAGGGACGGGUCCCUUCCCCGAGAAGAAGAGAGCCAGAAGAGUACCAGAGUGCGAUUCCCUUAGUGGGGCCUGUCAGGGUGAGAGGGGUCAGUCACACUCGGUCCUCCAGCGUGGGGUGCGUUCAGCACCCAGGUUCUGGGGGGACCAAGGCGAGUGAAGUUUGCGUGUCGCGGCUGUGGUUUUUCCAGGAGCGGUCGGUGUGGACCCUGGUGGGUUUUGUUUUCAUCGGUGAAUUCUGA